AUGAGUUCCCAAAACAGCUUUGCCAAUGCUUCCCCGGGCCCCAACGCUGUCAGCGCAAGCACUACCUCCACCUCCACAGUCCGAUCGCGCCCUCGGCGCUUAGUUUCAUUCAUGGAUGAUGACGACGACAAUAAUGGUUCAAACUAUUCUUACCAGAGUGAUUCCCAGCCUUUCUCCUCGGCAUUAUCAACGACUCUUGCACCAGCCGAGAUCGGGACGACUCGCUCUCGCAGAACCCCCUCGCCAUUGUCAUCCCGUGGAGCAUCACCACUUCCUAUGACACACCCGUCCCGCGCCACCGAAUCAACCAAUCGAGGUAGCCGCAACGAGACAUCUUCAUUUGCUUGGAAUGGAUCAUCGAAGGCUACAUCAUCGCGGGGUGCUGCGGACUUCCUGGACUCCUCAUGGUCCUCUCUCCAAAGCCUAGCGUCUUCAGUACUAGGUAGUGAUGCAGGACGAGUCACUUCAAAUAAUACGACAAAGACACACACGCGAAGGAAACCAUCGCGAUCAGACGUAUAUAUCAAGAGUGCCCCGAGGUCAACGUGGGGUCCGUCGGCACCAAACGCCCCAGAAUUUGGGACUGGGACCAAGGAGGAACGACAAGCUCUGGUUCAAGCCAAAAAAAGAGAGGCACUCCUUCUUGCUGACAGUGACUCGAUCGCAAGUCGCACAUUUACACACAAACGACGCGACUCUGGCGACACUUCACAGCAAGCGGUUGAUCCCGGGCAUGACGAAGACGCCCUGGCUUACAUCCAUAACGUGCUACCGACAGAUACUAUCACCGGUGUAACGAUCAAAUACGGUUGCCAGGCUGCAGUAUUCCGUAAAUCAAACGGCUUCUGGCCUAAUGACGAUAUCCAGAGCAGAAACACCGUUCUACUGCCAGUCGAUGCGUGCUCUGUAAAAGGCCGCCCUAUACCCAAAGAGCCUGUGGAUCUUUUGAGCCCUGACACGGAGGACCCAAGUGACAGCUCUAUAGCCCCUACAGAUACAUAUACCGACGAGGCGACUACAGAGCAGGAGACAUCUGCAACUCCUGAGGCGGAUUCCAAUCAAGUCUGGAAGCACGAAACCUGGGUGCAGAUGGAUGGUUUCCCCAAACCAGUACAAAUAGGCCGUGUUCCUCGAAGGGCAUUGGGCUUUUUCCCUCGUACGCGUCGAAAAUCUACAUCUUACUCGGAUGCAGAACCUCCGGGCUCGUAUCGAGAAACAGUCACUCCCCCGUCUCCCUCUGGGUCACCACCUCCACCUUCACCCUUCGGCAUACUACCACGAACUCGACCUAACGGCAACCAAUCCAAGCCGAAAUCCACAAAUCCUACUCGUCCUCAGCACCGUCGCCAACGCAGUAGUAUCCAUCUAUCUGGCACCGGAGUGGGAACCCUUGAUCCCACAUCAACCGGACCAGGGCCCGCACUAGAUGGAUUCACCCGCUUUUUCGCACAGCACAUGCCUAACUUAGCACCAGGACCACCCCCAGACAAUGCCCGUAAAGCUUCUUUCGAGUCCGCUUCAACCGUCACCUCCAAUGCAUCGACAGGACUCGAGAACAUCGGCGGCGCUUUCGAGGGGUGGGUUCGCAAAGUAGCAACGCGAGCCAAGGCCGGCAUCAAUGAGCUCCAGCAACCACCAAGCCAGCCUGGCAACACCCGAGGACGCAACAUCUGGCGGAUGGACGACCUAAUUGAACUUGACGAUGGGGUGGUAGACGGCCGGAACUCUCCAAGUCCCUUCAAGGGCGCUUCGCAGAGAUCCGAGUUACAGGGUACAUUGUCCUCAUCUUCAUCCAUCCGGUAUAAUAGCCCUUCAGUGGUGGCAGCGAGCAGGUCUCGUGCAGCUGAUUUUGGUGCUGGCUCUGGUUCAAGCGCAUAUGGCGAACGGGCCAAGGACGAUUAA